AUGAGAAGUAGUAGUGCGCAGCCGCGGGCGCCUCUCGAGCGGAGGACCUCGAGCCACGCCCCCACUCCCUGUUCUUGCGCGUGCGCAGAACUGAAAGUGGGGCCAGCCGGUACUUCGUGGGGUGGUUGGCUGAACGGCUGGGGCGGUGUGACUAGCGGCUGGAUGGCGCGGGGCGGAGAACGACGGACGGUGGCUCUUAGCCUAGCGCUGCGGCUGCUGUUUGGCUUCGGACUAGGCCUAGAGGCCGCCCCAACUCCGGUCACGACCCAGACCCCAGUCCAGGACCCAGGUCUUGGCAGCGGCUCGUGCCCGUCCACCAGCUUCCAGUGCGGUACCAAUGGCUACUGCGUGCCCCUCACCUGGCGCUGCGAUGGUGACAGGGACUGCGCAGACGGCAGCGAUGAAGAGGAGUGCAGGGUCGAGCCGUGUGCCCGGGAUGGGCAGUGCCCACCCCCCUCUGCCCUCCCGUGUUCCUGUGACAACCUCAGCGGGUGCCCUGGUGGCAUCAGGGGCCCACACAACUGCAGCCAGGGGCUGUGCCGAGUGGAUGAGCUGCGCUGCGCCGUGACCGAGGCCUGCAUCCCUCACACAUGGCUCUGUGACGGCCACCCCGACUGCCCUGACGCCAGCGACGAAUUUGGCUGUGAAACCGGCCUAGACACCAAUGAGACCAUCCAGGGAGGGAGCGCCACUCCCACCCCUGUCACCCUGGAGAGCAUCACCUCCCUCUGGAAUGCCACAGCCACCCUUGCAGGAGACCAGGCUGGAAGCCCCAGUGCCUAUGGGGUUAUUGUGGCUGCUGGGGUGCUGAGUGCCAUUCUGGUGGCUGCCACUCUCCUCCUCCUGUUCCGCCUUCGAGCCCGGGGGCACCUGCCCCCCAUGCGGCUGCUGGUGGCUGUGAAGGAGUCCUUGCUGCUGUCAGAACGGAAGACCUCACAGCUCUGAGCUCUGCCUCCUGCCCGGUCUGGCAGCCGAGGAGACAUGCGGGCCGUUGCUUGCUGCCAUCCCGGCCCUCAGAGACCUGAACUCUUCUGCCACCAAGAGCCUUGAACCUGAGCUCCUCCAGGUGUGGUUCUGAGGCUGAGGGUCCUCACCGCUCCUCCCCUUGGAUGCAGGAACCUGGAUGGACAACAGGCAGGACCACAGCCAAGCCAAGGAGCUGGCCCCCAGCUGCUCCCAGACUGUUGAACAGUUUUGUUUAGACACUCCUGCCAUCCUGUCACAGGGGGUGGCAAUUAAAGUUUCUUCACAUUUCUA